CUUCUUCAUCUUUCUCUUCUCUCUUUUUUGGCUUUUGCCUUUCUAUUCUUUCUCUAAUUACUCCUUUCUCUUUUUUUUUUUCUCUCUUUUUUUCCUUCAAUCUUCUUUCUUUUUCCUAGUUUUCUACUGGGAUUUGCUGCAUUAAAUCCUUCAUGUCGGCGCAGCAAGAUAAGGGUCGACCAUUGCCGAAAUUCGGAGAAUGGGAUGUGAAUAAUCCAGCGUCUGCAGAAGGAUUUACUGUAAUAUUUAGCAAAGCCAGAGAUGAGAAAAAAUCCAAUGCAGCCGGAGGUGCAGGUGCAGCUUCACAGCGCAACAAUAAUCUCCAUAAACCUGAUCAAGAUGCAGCUUAUCAGGAUGAAACUGCAAAGAAGUGGUUUUGCUGUUUCUGAGACUAAUAUGGUAGGCAUUGGAGAUUACUUUAUUUGAUGAUUGAGCUAUGAAAGUUCGAGCUUUCUUCUUCGUUUCAGAUUCAGAGCGGGAAAUGAAUAACGCUGGCUUAAAUCUUUAUAAAUCCCCCUUCUCCAUAUCCAAUCUUUUCUUUCUCUUUUUUUAAAACUGAUUUGUUAAUUUCAUGUUCCUCUACCGUAAUUUCUUCUAUAAUGUAAUUUAGGAACUCAAGAACAAAAAAAUCUAAAGUUGGUCGUGAACAUCAUAUUUGCAAUUAACUUACAUUUUUUAAUGUUCAUCGUGUAAUUCCAUA